UUCGCUUUUUUUCCCCCCAAAAAAGAAGGAAGAUAUGGAUGCUACUACCCUCGAAUUGAUGGAUGGCACCGGAGUAGGAGGAACUGCGGGUUCUGGGAAUUCAAUGUCGACUGUGUCUGAAUCAUAUUCUUCUCACCCGGAGGAGGACUCCGAUCUGGAAUUGGGUCUCGGCCUGAGCCUUGGCGGCGGUGGUGGUGGGUUGAAGAAGUCAAAGAUUGGUGUUUGGGGCCAAUGCCCCGCCGGGAGGAAUAGGAUAUUGACGGCGGAGGAUUUUCCCUCCGGCGGAUUUUCCAAGUCUUCUUCAUCUUCUUCCUCCGGUUCCUCUGCAACUAAAGGUAACCAUGCUUCAUGUGGGUCCAAGAGAGCUGCCGAGUCUUCUUGUUCCCCUCCCCGUGCUGCUCUCAGUCAGGUUGUGGGGUGGCCGCCUAUCAGAACAUAUAGGAUCAGCAGCCUAGUCAGCCAGGCAAAAUCCUUAGCCGUUGAAGAAGAUUUCUCUGAGAAAUGCCAAAACAAAGUCCACGCCGCGGACGUAAACACAUCUGAUGCCAACAAGAGUUCCUUUUUUGUGAAGGUCAACAUGGAUGGAGUUAUGAUUGGGAGGAAAGUUGACCUCGCUGCUCAUUCCAACUACAACAGCUUAGCUCGCACGCUGGAUGACAUGUUCUUCAUCAAAACUACAGGUGCCGAAUAUUUAAUCCCCGAAGAGAAAAAGGCCACGACAGAAGAAGCCCCGGGGUUGCUGGAUGGAUCAUCUGAAUUUGUGCUUACUUAUGAAGAUAAAGAAGGAGAUUGGAUGCUUGUUGGAGAUGUUCCAUGGGAGAUAUUUGUAUGCUCAGUGAAGAGGUUGAGGAUCGCGAGAAAAUCAGAGGCCAACGGGCUGGGUCCAACCCUGCACACUACACUUGCUCUCUCUCAUCCAUCUUCAUCAAAUUGUCAUAAACCUCCUCUGUCUGCAUCUGGUAUUGUUAUAGCUAGACUCAUCCCUGUUCAUCAAAGCUCUUCUUCUUAUUCUUCUUCCUCCUUCGCCACCACCCUCCAACCGCGCGUGCGGGCCCACAAACGGAAUCCUAGAAAAGCAUUAACAACAAAAACAAUGAUGGUGGUGGCGGCGAAAGUGAAACCGUCGAUCCAGUUCAUACAAGGAAGGGACGAACAGACAGUGCCAGACGUACGGCUCACCCAAUCCAAGGACGGGACCAACGGCAUGGCCAUAUUCAGCUUUGACCAGCCCUCCGUGUUUGACUCGUCCAAGGAAGUGGGAGACAUCACCGGGCUUUACAUGAUCGACGAAGAAGGCGUUCUUCGUUCGGUGGAUGUGAAUGCCAAGUUUGUCAACGGGAAGCCCGCGGGGAUCGAAGCUAAGUACAUAAUGAGGAGUCCGAGCGAGUGGGACAGGUUUAUGAGGUUCAUGGAGCGAUAUGCCGAAGCUAACGGCUUGUCUUUCAUCAAGAAAUGAUGAAGAGGACUUCCAGUGUCUGUUGGGUUUGUACAUUUUGUUCUCUUACAUCUUCAAGAAUGGAAAAACACUGCUAUGGCUUUUGACAACAUU